CCGGCCGGAUUUCAAUUUGUGCCUUCAUGUGGCACAGCCCGGUAAUGGGGCAGCAUGCCACCGCCCGCCCCAGUGUGACCCGCAGGUCCCGGUGCCACUAUUGCCAUAGCCCUGGGGUGGGCAGGGGGCUGCGCUGGGCUCAGGAGGGCGAUGGGGCCGUAGCAGGGCCGUGCCGCGCUGAGCCAGGCAUUGACUCAUUCACUCCGUGGGGUGAGGAAGUCUGAAAACCAAAAAACCCAAAUAACUGAAAGAGCCAAAGUCAACCCAAUUGACAACACCUUUCCUGGCGGCGGCAGUGCCGUGGGAGUGCCCCCGCUCAGAGCCCGACAUUUCCCAACGCUUCCUCCUCGGGUGGCAGCGCUCCCCCACCUGCUCUGCCCCGGUGCCAGUGACCCCGUGGGGCCGCAGCCGAUGGCCGUGGGGCGGGAUGCACAACCACACUCUGUGCCACUACGGGUUAAGCCCAAUGAAAACUGGUUCAAACCUCCAGGAAGAGGCAGGAGCCUGAUUUCCAUCUGCGUGCUGCCCAGGUGGUUCCCCCAGCGUGGUGUCCCCUCUGCUGAGGUCACACACACGCGGCACCCCCUGUGUGCCACCAAUGAGGGAUCCCCAUUUGGGGGCUGCAGGACAGGGGGCUGCAAUGCAUUGCCCGGCCCAGACCCACCCGCUGCAAAAUUGCGCGGUGCUGGAGUCAGACCCACACUGUGCAUUCCCCUCCCUGCAGUGCUGGCGGCCCCUGGGUUUGGCAGCCGGGGCUAUAUUUGGGCUGUGCCUUCUAUGCUGUUCUCCCAAGCCGUGCUUUGCUGUGGUUUGGGCUGGGAUUUGCAGCACAGCAGAGAGGCGCUGGGUGCUCCCUGAUCUGUGCGUUCCCUGUCCGCUGCCAGGAACACGCAGAGAGCUCGUGUUUGCCCAGGGUCGGGUGGGUGAGAUAUGGGAUCAGUGCAGCUUUGGCAGGUGUGCGUGGAAUUUCAUGCAGGAAAGGCAGCUAGAAGGAGAUGUUGCAUCUCUAGGGGCUGCACACCCCGGUGCUUGUGGUCCGUUGUGGCUUGUCAUACAGAGCUGCAGAAAAUGAUACGUUUCCCUGUGUGCUUUUUCUGUCUCUGAACCCCAUAGGGCUGAGGGCGAGGGCUGAGCGCGCUGCUGGGAGGCAGAGGCAGCACUGGGCCUGAGAACUUUGGGACCUCACGGGGAGUAUGGCAGACACCGAGGACCCCCGCGAUGCUGGGGACACGUUGGGGGAUGACUCCUUCCCGCUCUCCUCCCUGGCCAACCUGUUUGAGGUGGAGGACACCCCGUCCCCCGCUGAGCCAUCCCGGGGUGCCCCCGGUGCAGGGGAUGGAAAGCAAAACCUCCGGAUGAAAUUUCACGGGGCAUUCCGGAAAGGCCCCCCGAAGCCCAUGGAGCUGCUGGAGGCCACCAUCUACGAGUCGUCAGUGGUCCCCGCACCCAAGAAGGCCCCCAUGGACUCCCUCUUUGACUACGGCACCUACCGGCAGCACCCCAGCGAGAACAAGCGCUGGCGCCGGAGGGUCGUGGAGAAGCCAUCAGCAGGCACCAAGGGGCCGGCUCCCAACCCACCGCCCGUCCUCAAGGUCUUCAACAGGCCCAUCCUCUUUGAUAUUGUCUCCCGGGGGUCCCCGGAUGGCCUGGAGGGGCUCCUCUCCUUCCUGCUCACCCACAAGAAGCGCCUGACGGAUGAGGAGUUCCGAGAGCCCUCAACGGGGAAGACGUGCCUACCCAAGGCACUGCUCAACCUGAGCGCGGGCCGGAACGACACCAUCCCCAUCCUCCUCGACAUCGCCGAGAAGACGGGCAACAUGCGGGAGUUCAUCAACUCACCCUUCCGUGACGUCUACUACCGAGGUCAGACGGCGCUGCACAUCGCCAUUGAGCGCCGCUGCAAGCACUACGUGGAGCUGCUGGUGGAGAAGGGUGCCGACGUGCAUGCCCAGGCCCGUGGUCGCUUCUUCCAGCCCAAGGAUGAGGGCGGCUACUUCUAUUUUGGAGAGCUGCCCCUCUCCCUGGCCGCCUGCACCAACCAGCCGCACAUCGUGCACUACCUGACGGAGAACGGGCACAAGCAGGCGGACCUGCGGCGCCAGGACUCGCGCGGCAACACCGUGCUGCAUGCGCUGGUCGCCAUCGCCGACAACACCCGCGAGAACACCAAGUUUGUCACCAAGAUGUACGACCUGCUCCUCGUCAAGUGCGCCAAGCUCUUCCCCGACACCAACCUCGAGGCGCUGCUCAACAACGACGGCCUCUCGCCACUCAUGAUGGCCGCCAAGACCGGCAAGAUCGGGAUCUUCCAGCACAUCAUCCGCCGGGAGAUCGCAGACGAGGACGUCCGGCACCUCUCGCGCAAGUUCAAGGAUUGGGCGUACGGCCCCGUCUACUCCUCACUCUACGAUCUCUCCUCGCUGGAUACCUGUGGGGAGGAGGUGUCCGUGUUGGAGAUCCUUGUCUACAACAGCAAGAUCGAGAACCGCCACGAGAUGUUGGCCGUGGAGCCCAUCAAUGAAUUGCUGCGUGACAAGUGGCGCAAGUUCGGUGCCGUCUCCUUCUACAUCAGCGUGGUCUCCUACCUCUGUGCCAUGAUCAUCUUCACCCUCAUCGCCUACUACCGCCCCAUGGAAGGCCCCCCGCCAUACCCCUACACUACAACCAUCGACUACCUGCGGCUGGCCGGGGAGAUCAUCACCCUCCUCACCGGCAUCCUCUUCUUCUUCUCCAACAUCAAAGAUCUCUUCAUGAAGAAGUGCCCAGGUGUGAACUCGUUCUUCAUCGAUGGCUCAUUCCAGCUGCUCUACUUCAUCUACUCGGUGCUGGUGAUUGUCACAGCGGGGUUGUACCUGGGUGGUGUUGAGGCAUACCUGGCUGUCAUGGUCUUCGCAUUGGUCCUGGGCUGGAUGAAUGCACUCUACUUCACGCGAGGGCUCAAGCUGACAGGGACCUACAGCAUCAUGAUCCAGAAGAUCCUCUUCAAAGACCUGUUCCGCUUCCUCCUGGUCUAUCUGCUCUUCAUGAUUGGCUAUGCCUCAGCGCUGGUGUCCCUCCUGAACCCAUGUCCCAGCAGUGAGUCCUGCAGCGAGGAGAACUCCAACUGCACGCUGCCCACCUACCCCUCAUGCCGGGACAGUCAGACCUUCAGCACCUUCCUGCUUGACCUCUUCAAGCUCACCAUUGGCAUGGGUGACCUGGAGAUGUUGGAGAGUGCCAAGUACCCCGGAGUCUUCAUCAUCCUGCUCGUCACCUACAUCAUCCUCACCUUCGUGCUGCUCCUCAACAUGCUUAUCGCCCUCAUGGGUGAGACCGUGGGCCAGGUGUCCAAGGAGAGCAAGCACAUCUGGAAGCUGCAGUGGGCCACCACCAUCCUGGACAUCGAGCGCUCCUUCCCUCUCUUCCUGCGGAGAGCGUUCCGCUCUGGGGAGAUGGUGACCGUGGGGAAGGGCACUGAUGGGACCCCUGACCGCCGCUGGUGCUUCAGGGUAGAUGAGGUGAACUGGUCCCACUGGAACCAGAACCUGGGCAUCAUCAGCGAGGAUCCGGGCAAGAGUGACACGUACCAGUACUACGGCUUCUCCCACACCGUGGGGCGGCUGCGGAGAGAUCGAUGGUCGACGGUGGUGCCACGGGUGGUGGAGCUCAACAAGAGCUGCCCAACGGAGGACGUGGUUGUGCCAUUGGGGACUGUGGGCACGGCAGAGGCACGGGAGCGGCGGCACGGGCAGACCCCCACCUCCCCGCUCUAGCAUGGACUCUGCCUGGCCUCGCAGCACCAGUGCGGGUCUGUUCCUCAGGGAUUUGUGCAGCCUCUGUCCCUGCAGUGCCCAUCCCACUGGGGUCCCGGUCCUGGCAGUGCUGGGGGUCUCCAGUGCCACCGCUUUGCUUUCCUGCACCACUGGCUGCACUGUGCCAGGAGCUGGGUGCUGGGAACUCCCCUGCCACCAACCACCACGGCCGAUGGCUUUUGCCCCAAGUUUUUUUUUUUGCACAAGAUUUA